AUGGCUCACGGCGGAUCAAACUACAAUCUUCGAGAUGUUACAAAGAGGACAACACUGAAUUUGUCAGAUUCAGGAAAGAGUUCUUCAGAAGAAGAAAGAGCAGCGUCAUCAGUACAGAUAGAUGCUGAAACAGACAAUGCUAUAUCGGACAGCGGAACAGAUGAUGAGUUUGACAUUUCAGCUGAAACCAGUAAGCUACAAGACAAACUGGCUCAGCUACAAGAUGAACAGCAGUACCUUGGGGAGAGAAAGGUUACCUCCGUAACUCCGAAAGGGCGACUACCAAAAGUGAAGUCCCGCACGGACGAAAUAACGCGUAGAGAAGACAGACGUGACCCGAAGACAGAAGAAAUGCAUCUGAAAUGGGAUCUACGUAGAAAAACAGAGGAGAUAGACGAACUAAACAAGCGACUUCUGAGCAGCGAGAAGAAAAUUUCACUGCUACAACUCGAGUUGCAGGAGAACAAGCUGAAGAAUUUCGAAGAAACAGAAAAGAAAGAGCUGAGGUUAAAGAGACACGAAGAACAGUUGAUAAAAUUGCAACAGAAGAUAGAUGACAGCAUGAGUGAUCUGGAAGAACGAGAGCAAAAGCUGGCGAACCGUUCUAAACGAUUAGAAGAGCGAGAACAACAACUCCAUGAUGCAAACAGACCCUUCAGUCGCUACAAAAAAAGAGAUGAACUUGAUCCUAUAAUCCGACAUCUUGAACAACAAAAGGCCAGACUGGAAGCUGGAUUCUUAGAGGAGGGGCAGGAUACGAUACGAAAACAUACGAUUACCAACCACAACACGAGGGAAUUGAAUGACAAAGUGGAAUGCGAAAGAACACGAGACACCGGACUGGUUAUAGAAACCGCGGGAGAGGCUUUUACCAAGUUAACAGAAUUGCAGAAGAUCAAGCACAACCCGAAGAAAACACCCAACAACCUUUAA